UCCGCUCCGCGCCCCGCCACGAUGUCGGGCAGCGGCGGCGGCAGCAGCGCGGUGAAAAAGAGGAGCCCGGCGGGCUCGGCCUCCUCCAUGGCGCAGGAGGAGGAGAAGCAGGCGAUGGAGAAGAUGCUGGAGGCGGCUGGAGGCGCUCAGGAGAACGGCUGCGCCCGCACGCCUUCUCCCACCGCCGCUCCCGCCGACGGUGAGGGGGUGGCCUUGCAGCGCUCCAUCACGCUGAUCAACGGCGUGGCCAUCAUCGUGGGGACCAUCAUCGGCUCCGGCAUCUUCGUCACCCCCACCGGGGUGCUGCGGGAGGCCGGCUCGCCGGGGCUGUCGUUGGUGGUGUGGGCCGUCUGCGGGGCCUUCUCCAUCGUGGGCGCUCUGUGCUACGCCGAGCUGGGCACCACCAUCACCAAGUCCGGCGGGGACUAUGCCUACAUGCUGGAGGUGUACGGCUCCCUGCCCGCCUUCCUCAAGCUCUGGAUAGAGCUGCUCAUCAUCCGACCCUCCUCGCAGUACAUCGUAGCUCUGGUUUUCGCCACCUACCUGCUGAAGCCCAUCUUCCCCACCUGCCCGGUGCCUGACGAGGCUGCCAAGCUGGUAGCCUGCCUCUGUGUCCUGCUCCUCACGGCAGUGAACUGCUACAGUGUGAAAGCUGCUACCCGUGUUCAGGAUGCCUUUGCUGCAGCCAAGUUGCUGGCGCUGGCUUUGAUCAUCAUUCUUGGCUUCGUUCAGAUUGCAAAGGGUGAUGUGACGAGCUUGACUCCUGAGCACUCCUUUGAAAACACAAAAGUGGGCGUGGGGAACAUCGUGCUGGCCUUGUACAGUGGUCUUUUUGCCUAUGGAGGAUGGAAUUACUUGAAUUUUGUUACAGAAGAGAUGAUAAAUCCCUACAGAAACCUGCCUCUGGCUAUCAUCAUCUCACUACCUGUAGUCACUUUGGUUUAUGUGCUGACAAACUUGGCUUACUUCACAACCCUGUCCACGGAGCAGAUGCUGACGUCCGAAGCUGUGGCAGUGGACUUUGGGAAUUAUCACCUUGGUGUCAUGUCCUGGAUCAUACCUGUCUUUGUGGGCUUAUCGUGCUUUGGAUCCGUUAAUGGAUCCCUCUUCACCUCUUCCCGGCUGUUCUUCGUUGGAUCCCGAGAAGGACACCUACCUUCCAUUCUCUCCAUGAUUCACCCGAGGCUUCUCACUCCUGUACCAUCCCUCGUCUUUACGUGUGUCAUGACCCUGCUCUACGCCUUCUCCAAUGACAUUUUCUCAGUCAUCAACUUCUUCAGCUUCUUCAACUGGCUGUGUGUGGCCUUGGCCAUCAUAGGCAUGAUGUGGCUGCGUUACAAGAAGCCUGAGCUGGAAAGGCCCAUCAAGGUGAACAUCUGCCUGCCCAUUUUCUUCAUCCUGGCUUGCUUGUUUCUCAUUGCUGUUUCCUUCUGGAUGACACCAAAGGAAUGCGGGAUCGGCUUUGCCAUCAUCUUCAGCGGGAUUCCUUUUUAUUUGUUUGGGGUCUGGUGGCAAAACAAGCCCAAGUGGAUUCUCCAGGGCAUCUUCCACGCAACAGCCAUGUGCCAGAAACUGAUGGAGGUGGUUCCGCAAGAAUCGUAAGCAGGAAAAGCAGAGACGUUCAGCCUGAGGAAACGCACAAUAUUGUUUUAAGACGACACAAGGAGAAAAAACACUUCUGACCCUUCAUCAACAAAACCUAAGCACUGGAGCACCCUGUCAGAACUUCAUGUCUGACACGGUGCCGCCUGCUCUGCCUUGCCUCCUCCAGCCCUCCUGCUGCCGCCUGAGAAGUUCUCGGUACCAAGGUACCAACGUGGGCCAGGAAGAGGAAUUCCUGCUGGCGACUUCUUGUGCAUCCAGUCAGCCUCUGUGCGUGUGAGACUGAGGGCCGUACCUCAGUUCUGUGUGGGUUUAGUAAGACGAGCGAUGAGCCUAACCAACCUGCCCUGCCUGGUCAAGGGGUGGAUGAGGAGGAAGGGUUGUCUGAGGGCUUGGGUUGGUGCUGGCUCUCACGCACGUGCAAGCUCAUGUCUAAAUCUGUGCUACUGGUGCUUUGUAUUCUGUGCAGGGAGUGCCACUGGUGGUGAUGGAUAGAGGUGAGACAAGGCAGAGCAGAACUAGUGUCAGAGAAAUGAGAAUGAGGACUUGGCUGUCUGGUCCCCGGCUGUAGUGUGGUUGUAGCUCUCGGCUCCAAACCGUCUCCUGCUGUUGAGCCAGAUUGCUGGGAUGCCCUUCUCAAAAAUGCCCACCUUGAGCCCCGUUGUGAUAGCGCUGGGAUGGAGCAGGCCCUGUUGCUCCCAGUGAGCUCAGGGAACUGCAGGAGGUUGGUUCCUUAGCUUGCUCACCCUUGUUUUCAUGUAGAUGUCAUCCACCGUGGGGUGAGCCCUGCUUUGCCCUGUCCUUACCCUUGGGGUGAUCAGUGCAUGCCCCUAAGCCAACUACAAAGAUAAAAUAUGGGUGGGAUUCUCCUGGUUUGUUCCCUGGGUUCUGCAUGGGAGGUAGGACCAACUUGGCCUGGGGAGUAGGAGGGGGCACACACCCCAAAUGGCUGGGGCCUGCUUUAAUCCUGGUCUGCUGUUUUGCUCAAGGAAGCCAGGACUGGAGGCUUCUUGAAGAAGUGGCUUAUAUUGCCUCUGCACUCCAGGUGAUAGUCAAUUAGAAAUCAAAUGCAUCUUUUCCCCACCAGUAAGCUGCACUUGUCUCUGUUACAAUCUUCUUUGUGCUUGUGCUUCAGAAAAUGGUUGUUGAUUCUUUUUUUCUCUACCAUACUUUUGUAAAGUAAGCUGUUUGGAAGCUGGUAUCCUCCAAGAGCAAUUGCUAUCUACUGGAUUCUCUCCUUUUAGCAUAGAGUCAUUUUGGAGAAGAGGCAUUAAGGACACCAAUGGUACUACUAGCUCAUGCUUUGUCCUUUUAAGAAGCUCUUCAGCAAAAAAAGCAUUUAAGCUUCUGUCCCAGCGUGUGUGGCAGUGACCACAGCUAUGUCCCACAUGUGUCUAUGUGCAGCUCCUUGCUACUGCUUUGCCAGGUGUGCAUCUUUGCUUUAAGGCAGGAGUAGGUGAGACAAUCAUCACGCUGAAACCUUUGUGGCCACGUGCUUAUUCCGUGGCAAUACAGUGCAGAGAUACCCAGCCCAGCUCUGCUAUGCUUCACAUGUGUCAACACAGAGCUCUGCUCGAGCUGAGUUAACCUAUGGAGAAUUGCAGCUGGUUGGGGUAUGUCUGCAGUGCAGAAGUACCCAAAGUUCUGGCCAGUGCAUGGCUGUUCAGGGACCUACGUGCAAUGAACUGGAGCAUCUCAGAGCCAGCACCCAUGGAGAGACAUUUGCAUAGAUAAGGUCAUGAGCUAUACAAAUCCUGAACUCAGUUUCCCCUCUUUGCAAGGAGUCCUCUUCCAGCUGAAGGCUGAUGUUUUUGCAGGGUAGCGAUGGGAGGUCGCUCCUUAUGGCCUGCUUCAAGGGGAAAAACCUGUCUCUCCCCUUCCCCUUUGGUCUUGGCAGGUUUUGGCUGCAGCAGUCUCAGGACUGGUUUCCUGCAGGGCCUGGAUUGAACCUAGGGACUCUCAGUGCUAAUAAUAUAAACCAGCAGAAUUAAGUCGAGUACUGAUUUACAGCAGAUUUAACUUGCAUCACAAGACCAAUCCACAGAGAGCUCAGAAAUGGGUCCAAGUCUCCCAGACGUGUGGGGAUUGCUUGGUUUGGGCAUAUCUCUUAAUGAGUUUCAUCAGUGAUGAAGACCAUCAACAAACGAUAUCCUCUUGGUGACCCUUUCACACUGGUUUUACAGAGGAGAUGUCACACUGAGAUUUAUUUUUUUAUUAACUGAUCUUAAUUAAAACCUUAACUCGCUCGCUUGCUUUUUGA